AUCAGCGGCUGUGUGCGGGAAGUUUGAAUUUUUUCGAUUCUUGUGGUAGACGUUCCUUCUUCGGAGGCGGCGGUGGUCUUCCGGGCCCAGAGAGUUCCUUUUAGUUUGGUUGAGGUUUAACGCUAGAAACUGCCUCAGGAUGUCUUCAUCACAUUUUGCCAGUCGGCACAGAAAGGAUUUAAGUACUGACAUGAUUAGAACUAAAAUUGCUCAUAGAAAAUCACUGUCUCAGAAAGAAAACAGACAUAAGGAAUAUGAACGAAAUAGACAUUUUGGUUUGAAAGAUGUCAACAUUCCAACCUUGGAAAGUAGAAGUCUUCUUGAAUUAGAUGAGACAUUUCAAGAGCUUGUUCCAGAAAAGGCCAUUAUCAAGCCAAAGUCAACAAAAACUGUUGUCUUUGAUCAACGAAAACAGAUGCUCCAAAAAUACAAAGAAGAAAAACAACUUCAAAAAUUGAAAGAGCAGAGAGAGAAAGCUAAACGAGGAGUAUUUAAAGUGGGUCUUUAUAGACCUGAUAUGCCUUGUUUUCUUUUCUCAAACCAGAAUGCUAUGAAAGCUGAGCCAAAAAAGGCCGUUCCAUCUUCUGUACGGAUUACAAGGUCAAAGGCCAGAGACCAAAUGGAGCUGACUAAGAGUGAUAAUGGGAUUGAUGUUCGAGCAAGCCGACCUGGUCAAAGACAGACUUCUGAAAAGAAAGUGUUGGACAAAGAGAAAAAAGCUGUACAACCUGUAAUGCUGCCAGUGAGAAUGACUCGAUCAUCUACUCAAGCAGCAAAGCAGAUUGUCAAAGAAAUCCCGUCUACAGCAGCAAGAAAGCCAGAGACAAGGGCUAUUAAUGGUAAUGAAGCAGACAGAAAGGCACCAAAUCAAGGAAAACCUGCCAAAAAGAUAGGAACAAAACUUGACAAGGUCAUUUCUUUUAAAGUUGAUAAUGAAGAAAAUACUUUGGAUUCACAAACCAGGGCAACAAAUGGAAUGAAUACAGAUGGAGUCUUAUCAAAAAUGGAAAAUUUAUCUAAGACAAACAGUGCAAAAAUGAAAGGGAAGAAUUCCUUUGCACCUAAAGAUUUUAUAUUUCAGCCACUAGAUGGUCUGAAGACCUAUCAAGUAACACCUAUGACUCCCAGAAGUGCCAGUGCUUUCUUGACACCCAGUUAUACCUGGACCCCGUUAAACACAGAAGUUGAUAAGACUGAAGCAACAAAAGAAAUCUUGGCACAAAAAUGUAAAACUUUCUCUGCCAAAGCAGUACCUCAAGAUUCAAGUAAAUCACAGUGUCCUUUGGGUUCUCUAACAGUUUGGAGUAAAGAACAUGUCUCAAAUAAAAAUGAAACUACUAAUGAAAAUUCAAAUAGCCUUUCAGUAAAAGAAGAAGUCCCAUCACUUGAAGUAAAUGAAGAUCAGUUAUCUCAGCCACAACAUGAUGUGCCAUAUUUCAGAAAUAUUCUCCGGUCAGAAACUGAAAAGUUAACUUCACACUGCCUUGAGUGGGACAGAAAACUUGACUUGGACAUUCCAGAUGAUGCUAAAGAUCUUAUUCGCACAGCAGUUGGUCAAACAAGACUCCUUAUGAAAGAAAGGUUUAAACAAUUUGAAGGACUUGUGGACAAUUGUGAAUAUAAACGCGGUGAAAAGGAGACUACUUGUACAGAUCUGGAUGGAUUUUGGGAUAUGGUUAAUUUUCAGAUAGAAGACGUAAACCAAAAAUUUAGCAAUCUGACCAAACUUGAGGAAUCUGAAUGGCAAAACAAUAACAAUACAAGCAAAAAAGUUUUUCGGAAAAAAGUUGUCUCAGGUAUAGCAAGUAAACCCAAACAGGAUGACGGUGGAAGAAUUGCUGCUAGAAAUCGCCUCGCUGCCAUAAAAAAUGCAAUGAGAGAGAGAAUUAAGCAGGAGGAACAGGCUGAGGCAGCAGCCUCUGUAAUGCCAAAGGAAGUGGAUAAAAUAGUGUUUGAUGCUGGAUUUUUCAGAAUUGAAAGUCCCAUUAAAUCAUUCUCAGGACUUUCUUCUGAAUGCCUUUCUCAAAGACUUAAAACACCUAAGUCAGUCAGCAAAACUGUGUCUGAGACCAGGGCUGAGAUGGGCCUUGUAAGACAAACUACAUCACCAGAGAAUCCUGAUCCUCAGGGUGCCAAAAGUGAACCUGUUGAUAAGACUUUGAUUUCAAACAUUCCUGGAAACAGAAACAGCACAGGAGAAGAUGCUAAGUGUCUUGGUUUACAAGAUUUAAUUGAAAUAAACCAUGGUAUAAAUAAGAUAAACUUUGAGAUUGGUUGUUUAUCUAGUGAAAGAAUGAAUUUGGCUCUCCAUGCUAGCAAAGUAGCAGAUGAUAUUAAUACCAACAAAAAGGAAGAAAUUUCAGAUGUGGAAGGAAUGGAACUAAAUUCAGUUACAACACAGGAUGUUUUGAUGAUUAGCCCUGAAAAAAAUAUACAAUCACAAAAUAACAUCUCAUGGGAAGAAGAAACGAAAACUUCUCAGUCAGUAUUAUGUGAUAAUAAAAGUCUCACUACUGAAUGCCAUCUUCUUGAUUCACCAGGCCUAAACUGCAGUAAUACAUUCACUCAGAUGGAGAGAAGACAUCAAGAACAGACCAGACACAUUUCCUUUGGUGGUAACCUGAUUUCCUUUUCACCUCUGAGGCCUCUCAGUGGAGAACAACCAGAAGAAUUUUGAAUUUAAAAAUAAAUCCAGACAUUUUUCUUCAUGUUAUCCAUGCUAUAUUCUUAGAAUACUGAAAAGUUGAAGAGUGUUUGUGUUCACUGCUGUUCAAGCCACUUGUAGACUGUUGGCCCUCCUUAGGUGGAUGCAGAACCUGUGGAUACUGAGGGCCUACUGUUAGAGAUUUAAGCAUCCUUGAAUUUUGGUAUCUGUGUGUGUGUGAGGGGAGGGGGUGAUCCUGGGACCAAUCCAGCCAGCCCCCCUCAGGAUUCUGAGGAAUGAUUGUGUAAUAUUUUAAUAUUCAGUGUUCAUCAAAGUGUGUUUUAGAUAUGAUACUGUUUCUCAAGGGAAGUGGGGAUAUGUUGUAUAUUAACCAAUGCAGAAUAAAAAUGUACUUGCCUUGC